CCAUCACAGUUACCGCUCGAGCCGGCCUUAAUCAGCCUACGUCAACUGGAGAGAUAGCCUUUUCGCGGCCUUUUCGCAACCCCGCUUUCCGCGCAGUAGAAACCAAAAGCUCCGAAGCUCGAGAUAUAUAUUCGCUACUGAGCCACAUACCCUCCACUCUAGCUUCCCCAUAGCUGUCACCACCGCACUCCCCUACACAACCAACCCCCAACAGUCAUCAUGAAGGUCGUCACCAAAGAAGAAGAAGCCGCCCACUACGGCGCUGUCGUCAAGGGAGGACUCAUUGGUGGUACUCUUGGUCUUGCCAUUGGUGUCUCUGGUGUUGUCUACGCCUCAAGGCGCUACCCCAGCUUCCGUGGCUUGACACUCCCCUUCCGAACCUUCCUCGUCACAUCCACCGCCACCUUUGGAGCCAUUGUCCAGGCUGAUCGAGCUGGUAUCAAGUUCCAGCAGGGCAAGGACCCCAUGAAGACCUAUCGCGAUGCCUCUCAGCGUGCUCAGGAGGUUAUCCGUGAGAACGAGACCGCAUACGAGCGAUUCAUGAACUAUGGUCGCGAGCACCGUUACAGCAUUGUCUGCGCUUCAUGGCUUGCUAGUUUGGCCGUUGCAUUUGCCAUCGUCAGCCGCGCGCCUAUGAGCACCCCCCAGAAGAUUGUGCAGGCUCGUGUCUACGCUCAGGGUCUGACCCUUGCUGUGCUCAUCGUCUCAGCUGCCUUUGAGAUGAACGAUGCCAAGAACGCAAAGGGCCGCUGGGAGACCGUCAUGGUCCUCGACCCCAACGACCCCGAGCACAAGCACCUCAUUGAGAAGAGAAUCCACCACGAGGAGUACGAGGGACAAGAUCUGUGGAUGGAUAUGGUUGAGGCUGAGGAGAAGAGAAGUCGAAGAAAGUGAUUCCACGCAUACGCACACAUAAAGAAACAAAAACAAUUCGAAGCUUCAUAUUUUCAUCCAUUGGGUUUUGAGGGGACAUUUCGGGAUGGGUUUUCGUCACGGGUUAUAGAGAAAAGAAAACCACUCUCAUGAAGAAGUUACUUGGGCCAAUCUUGAUGACGGGGUCAUUGGGACUGGUUUAAUCUUUCCUUUUUUUUCUUCUUCAUUUUUCAUUAUAGCAUCUACAUCAUGAUGGGGCGUGUUUGAUUUACUUUGGCAUUUCAUUGGGUGGUUGGAAUGAAACAAAUUGUACAGGAUAAUUUCCUUUGCAGUAUAUAUAUAUUAUACAUAUACUUU